AUGGCGGCUGCGCCGGCGAUGAGGGACAGCGGCAGUCGUGCCCGCAGCACCAUUUGUGAGAUGCCCAGUUCGACGCGCCUCGUCCUGGAGGAGAUCAGCAACUGCGUCCAUGCUCACUCGGAGGACCUAUUUGGUGCGAAGGCAACAUCGCACAAGAGGGCGUUCGACGACCAUCAUGCUACGCUGGGCGACGCAAUGCGCCAUAUCUUCAUCAGCGGCAGGGAUUCGUGCGCGCUCAUC